CCACUAUAUAAAAGAAUGGCGUCUCAUUAUCACCUCAAACGAACGAACAAAAUGCGCGCGCUAACAGUCUCAUUAUCGUUUCUGUGCCUUUUCGCGGCGUACUCCUGCCAGAGCCACGACCUGGUCGUCGGGCAGACCGCGUACGGAGACGUCGCCUUAUACAAGGUCCACGAAGUCAAAUAUGGCUUCCCUUUCUUCGUGAGGACCAGCAUUAUUGAAUACCCGGAACCAGGGCUGCAUAACUUUGCCUAUAUCAGAGCUAUCCACAUUAAAGACAACGAUCGCGAUGGCUCAGGAGGAUACCCUACGAUUUCUGCUGGAGGCAUUGGACAGCGGUUUGUGAAGAUCAAGUUGAAGUCCCAGCGAGGCGGCGGUUUGAACUUCACGGUGACCAUCUACGGACGAUAUUGAUUUAUUUCCUUUUAACUUAUGAGCGCCUUUUGUAAAUAUUUAAAAUUUUGCUUGUCAGUAUUAAAGUGCCAUUGAAUUAUUA